AUGUCUCAAUUAAUCGUUCAGAUUUACAAUCUUUCACAUACUGCAUUAACAACGACAACAAGAGUUGUUAAAGUCAAGCACGAUCUCCUUCACACCGCUUUACGGGUAAAUCAGAGCAAACUUUCUCACCGAAAUCCACGCGAAAAAGGACAACGGCUCGACGAGUGUGACAUCCUCGUGUUCGUGGCGCAAUGCACUCUGACCACCUUUCAUUAUGACUCAGGGUACUGGAGCAAUAAAACUGAAUACAACAUUCCUGGAGGGACCACCUUUCAUUAUGACUCAGGGUACUGGAGCAAUAAAACUGAAUACAACAUUCCUGGAGGGACCACUUUUCAUUAUCACUCGGGGUACUGGAGUAAUAAAACUGAAUACAACCUUCCUGGAGGGAAGACUGGGUUUGACUCACAAGAGACCAAGUUACCAACUUACUGGAACACUUCUUUCUCCAAGAUCUGUCUUGGUAUGAAGAUCGGCCGACAAAUGAAUUUCGCCGUCCUCAACAAGCAGGCCAACUCGCUGCACUCACUGAUCGCUGACGGGCAAUACCGCAACACCUCACUGGGCCUUAACGCAUGGAAGACUCUGAUUGGUUCCCAGGCCUCCUUACAGACCGCCUGUAAUAAGGAAGGGCUCAAUGUUGUGUGUGCUGUUAAUUCAUCAUCUAAAGCAAGGAUAGGCAUCAUUGGUGACGAGCAAGAUGCCUGCACCAUUUGCGACUCAAGAAUCGGGUUUGGUGCUGGAGGGAAUCCUGAUAACUCCAACACGUGUGGAAACGAGGCAACGCACGCACCAGAUAAUGGCAACAAACACAUCAAAGCCAUGGGUUACAUCCUGGUGCAGUAAGACGAAAACGGGCUUAGAAACUUUAGAAACCGCCAGACGAUUGGCUGAUCAACAGAACACAGAAAAGUGGACACUCGAAACUAAACUGAAGCUGGCAUGCGCUGAUUAAUCAGUUUGUCAGUAUAAGCAACAGCUAUUCAAUAUUUAAGAAAUAAAAAACAUGUACCUCUAUCGAGUUUUAGUAG